CUCUUCCGCUGUCGGACUAAGCGAACAGCGUCCCCUGCCGGCCGGUGGCUAUCGGAAGUGCCAGACCGGAGGUGCGUCAUCCUCCGGCGACGCCAAUACGGUUCCUCCAACGAGGUUCGUGCGAAGCUUCCUAUUAUGGCUUCCAGCGGGGUGCCGGUGAACACUGCCGGCUCGGCUAAUGAAACCCCCGAAAUACCGGACAACGUGGGAGAUUGGCUUCGGGGCGUCUACCGCUUUGCCACGGAUAGGAAUGACUUUCGGAGGAACUUGAUUCUCAAUUUGGGACUCUUUGCUGCGGGAGUUUGGCUGGCCAGGAACUUGAGUGACAUUGACCUCAUGGCACCUCAGCCAGGGGUGUAGCCAAAUAGACAAAUGGAAUCCUGUGCUGAACCUGAACCUUCCAAAAAACAGCCUACAGUCUGUGACCAUCACAAGAUGUGCCCUGAUGGCAGCUGAAGUUUGAUUCAGAUGGGCACUUUCCUUCUCUUAUCCCUGCCUAGUUUCCUUUUGUUCCUUGAGUCCACGCAGAAUUCCAUUCUCUGGUCAGCAGACAAGUUUAAGCUAAAGUAUUGCCUCUGUUCUGUAAAGUUCUGUACAAAGUUCCUAAGCUUCUCCAGGGGGUGAUCUUUGUUCUUGUCCUGAUAAAUAACAAUGCUGUUUUAACAGACAUUUGAAAUAAAUACUGCACAUAAAGACA